AUGAAGCUUAGCAUUGUCAGUUUCCAGAAAGAUCUUUCACCUGCAUGUUCAACCACCGUAAGCCCAAACUCUCAUCAACAACAACCAUGCCCACCACUCUUUCCCUCCACCCACUUGGAUACCACUUCCUUCCGUUCCUCUUCUAAAAUAUCCAAAAAACGAAAUUCGAAACGAAAAGAUGGUCUCGUCAUGACUCAACGCACAGAAAUUGUAGAGCCUUGUGAAUCUCAAUUCUUCAACGAUCCUCAUAACGGGUGCAUGUUCUAUUCCUUUCCUUUAGUAACGAAUGGACAGAAAAGAACCAAGAAUGCAACAACACCAAACAAGAAGAAGAGGAAAAAUUCAGCGCCAUGCCAUCUCAAUGGGUUGGUUCCGACUUCACAACAUUCAGCAAGCGAUUGUAAUUCAUCUUCAGAUUCCAGUCCACAUGUAUUUCAUCUGCAUCAGAUUUCGUUCGACCACAGCACACAUGCAUUGAUUGAAAAUGAAACACCAAACUUUGUAAAAACUAUCGCCAAUAACCCAUCCACGAGUACCAUUCAGCUGAGGAAUCAUCACAAAGCUCAUGGAGAUCAUUCCAAACCAAUGGUUCUUUGUCCAGUCAUGAGCUCAACAUCCGCCAAUCCCAUUCAAACUCACCUCAAGCUCCACCAAACGACGCCCUCUUCAUGCACGACGGUCAGCCAUCCCACUCAUUCACCAGCUGUGAACAGCAUUGAAACGGGCCACAUACCAGCCCAACCAACUCCACCUGUAAGAUUGUCAAUAUCUAUUAAGGAACUAUUAAAUCAUGAGUGA